CCAGUUGUUGGAAUGGAGCUCAGUGAUAGUUGACGGAUUUUUUGCGUUGAAAUUUAAAGUUUCUUGUAACUCGUAUCUUGUGUGAAAUAAAGAAAUUUUGUCGGUAUUCGUACAGUGUGUCGAAAGUGACAAAUCCUGCUGUGAAUUAAGUCAAAGAAUGUUUGUGUUGCCCUUAAAGUAAUAGGAUCAAGUCAGUGAUCAUAUUCUAUUGGAUUACGGUUCACAGUUUAUUCAGCUUAUAAAAUAUACAGAAAAACCUCUUCAAUACCAUCGAUGAGACGUUGCUAACACCAGGACCACAGGCGACGCCACGCUGCGUGCUUUACAUACAUAGGGGCGGUGUGUGAGUGUCGCACCGCCAUGUCGCAUCACAGCGACGAGCAGGCGCUGCUGACGGUCACCUCGGACUCGUUCUGGGAGCCAGGAAACUACAAGAGGACCACCAGGAGGAUCGACGACGGGCACAGGCUCUGCAGCGAACUGCAGGCCUUGGUACAGGAGAGAGCUGACAUUGAGAAGACAUACGCCAAGAGUUUGAGGGGAUGGGCCAAGAAAUGGAACGAUCUCAUCGAGAAAGGUCCUGAAUAUGGUACUAUGGAAGCAGCAUGGAAAGGCGGCAUGGUGGAGGCAGAGAGGCUGUCAGAUCUGCACCUCAGUGUCAGGGAUCGACUGGUCAAUGACGUCAUAGCACAGAUCAAGAACUGGCAGAAGGACACCUACCAUAAGUCAAUGAUCCAGCUGAAGGAACGGAAGGAGAUGGACGAGGCUUUCAAGAAGGCUCAGAAGCCGUGGGCCAAGUUGCUCCAGAAGGUAGAGAGGACGAGAUUGGAGUAUCACACGGCAUGCAAGCAGGAGAGGACCGCGCAGAACCAGGAGAGAAACGCUAGCGGAGACAGCUCCUUGAGUCCCGAUCAGCAGGUGAAGAAGAUGGCUGAACGAGUGUCGAAGUGUCGCGACGACGUGGCGAAGAAUCGCGACAAGUACCAAGCGGCGCUGGCGGAGAUAACGUCCUACAACCCUCGCUACAUCGAGGACAUGACCGGCGUGUUCGACAGGUGCCAGCAGAUGGAGGCUCAGAGGCUGUCCUUCUUCAAGGACGUGCUGUUCAGCUUCCAUAAGUGUCUGGAUAUAAGCAAGGAACCCACAUUACCACAAAUAUACGAGGAGUUCCAUCACACGAUCAACAACGCCGAUCACGGCAAGGACCUCAAGUGGUGGGCGAACAACCACGGCGUCAACAUGGCUAUGGCCUGGCCGCAGUUCGAGGAGUACACGGAGGAGUUCCGGGACAUCGCUAAGGGGAAGUCCAAGGAGAGUCUGCCCACGGGACCCAUCACACUCCUCAACCAGAGACCCGUCAGCGAGGAUGAACUUCCGCCGAUAACGAACAACAAGUCCGGUAAAAUAAACCACGCCGAGCCAACAACAAACACAACAGUCGUCAACAACAGCAGCGCCAACAACACCAUCGACAAGAAGACGAUCAGCGCACCGAUAGCUGUCACAAACGGUACAGCAUCAGUACCGAAAUCAGCAAAAACAUCACCGGCGAAGGACAGCGUGGGUAAAGACAACCCGUUCGAGGAGGAGGAGUGGGACGAGGACUCCGGGGGCGCGCUCACCGACACCGGCGAGCCCGGCGUGCCCGUGCGCGCGCUCUACGACUACACCGGCGCCGAGAGCGACGAGCUCAGCUUCAGACAGGGAGAUUUAUUCGAGAAGCUCGAAGACGAAGACGAGCAAGGCUGGUGUAAGGGAAGGAAAGACGGGCGAGUGGGGCUCUACCCCGCCAACUACGUGGAGCCCGUCGGAAACUAGAGCUCACGCGCUGCACGCGCUACCUGCACCACGACGACGUCCACACACUGCACACACACACACACACACACACAUAGAACUAUGACGUCACUGUCAUGUGUGAAGAGUUAUGAAUCAGAUACCAAAGUGGUGGGGGUACUCAUGGCGCCUUGUAAUAUUGUCACUCAGUUUGUUUUGGAACAUAUGACGUCACGAUCAUUGAAAUUCUAUAUUGAUGAUGGAAGCCUUCACAAAAAUAACGUUUAGUUUAUAGUAUUAUUACUUCAUAUGUAUUAUUAGCACGCACCGGUGACGUCAGCGAAAGGGCUAAUUCCAAAGUUAUGAGCGAAUAUAUAAAGAAAUAUACGUUGCAUCUCGUUUGUGAGCGACUCGUACAUUAUGUGUAACCUGUCCCGCAGUCAUUAUUUAAGUACAUCGGGAUGUUGAUGUUGUAUGAAUAAAUUAACUCGGCAGUUAAGUUAUAGUUUCUGAACACGGCCAUUAAAAAAAAUAUGCAAAAUAAAAAAUAAAACUUUUAGAAUACAUUUAAUACAGAGAUGGCGUUGUUAACAACGUUUAGUGUUAGGACGCUUGGAAAGUUAAUUUGACUAAAUGUGGAGUCUAAAAGAAAUUUAGUAUUAGAGUGAAAAUAUAUUUACGAAGCUGCCUCGGCCGCGAGCUUCGACAGUAUAAAGAUGUAUCGUCGCGCUUAAAGUUGUGAUGCUUCACUGGUUCACAUUAUUUUAGAGCGGCCCAAGAUUUUGUUUAUUGUAAAUUGGCUCUGACGAUAAGAAAAGUAAUUAGGUGUUUUUGAAAAAUGUACCAAAAAUCCUAUAGUGAUUUACGGACCUAGAUGUAAUUUGUGGUUUGACGACCGACUGCCGGAAACGUAGUAAGAGGGUUUCCUUUAAAACCUAGCUAAGCCAAAAAAGUGAACGCCCGCAGCGACUCGCCCGCUACGGCGUCUGUGAAUAUAGGAGCGGCGUAGCGGGCCGCAGCGCGCCGACGGCGUUUUCUGUACAUACACUCUUAUAUAUUCUUCGUACAUAGAAUAUUUAUUUCCCAAUGUAUAUAAUGUAUAAUUGUAUGGAGAGGACCGCCGGCGACACACGGCCUAAGUUUUAUUAACGUUAGUGAGGUCGGGAGGUGCUCUAGGGGGUAAAUUUAAUAUGUAAGGUCGCGCGCCCGGCGUCCUCCGACUAGUUUUAAUAAUUAAUAUAUUAUUGAGAACGUUUACCUUUUCUUUUAUUUCUUACCUCGUUUUAGAUAUUGUUUUAUUUCGAUGUAGCGAGUCUGUAUGAGGUUGAGGUUUUAUAUUUUGACUGUAGACGGCGCCGCGUGGUUCCCUUAUACUUACCGCUGUUUGUUUUCAUUGUUAUGGGUUCAGAGACGUCUGUGAAAUUCUUUGUAUUAUAUUAUUAAAAGAUCAGAGAGCGUGGUCGCGGACCACAUGUGUUAAUAUAUUAUUAAUAUUGAUAAAAUAAAAUUGUUACAUAUGA